AUGAAGUUGCUGUCUUCCUUGCCAGUGAUUACUUCUAUUGGUGUCGUCGUCGCCGAGGUUUCGCGCAGGGGCAUAUCCGUCAAUGGAGCGGAUUUUGCUUCCAAAAAUUUUGAUUACGUUAUAAUUGGAGGAGGAACAGCUGGGCUGACUGUGGCCGCGAGGCUUUCCGAAGACCCUAAAACGACGGUUGGAGUUAUUGAGACGGGGGAAUACUUGCCAGACGAUCCUCUAAUAAAUACACCGUCGUCAGCCUUUUCCAUUUACGGAAAUGCUAAAUACGACUGGUUAUUCAAGACAGUUCCUCAAGCAAAUGUGAACAAUCGAGUCCUAGAUUUGCCAAGAGGCAAAGUACUUGGAGGAUCGAGUGCGAUCAAUGUCAUGGUUUUUGAUCGUGCAUCCAAAGUGGAAUACGAUGCGUGGGCAAAGCUGGGUAAUCCAGGAUGGGACUGGAAUGGUUUACUCCCCAACAUGAAAAAUGCCGAGCGUUUCACAGGCAUCGACCCAUUCCGCGCGAAUUACACCAACGCAGACCCAACCAGUAUCUUUCCGUCUCAAGGGAGAAACGGCCCCGUGGCAGGAAGCUAUAAUAAUUGGUACGGUGACAUCACGGUACCAUUCUUCAAGUCCAUGGCCAACUUGAGUAUUCCUACGAAUUUUGACCCUGAUAGCGGUAAUGCUUAUGGAGUAUUCAACUCUGCGACGAGUGUAAACCGCACCACUGGGAAGCGUUCUUAUGCAGCGUCCACGUAUUACGCGUACAAUUCUCAUAGGUCCAAUUUUAUUGUUCUAACUGGGGCUCAAGCUACAAAGAUCAACUUCAAGGACAAAAACAGCGACAAAUCUGAGAAUGUGGUGGCCACCGGGGUCUCGUUUGUCCACAAAUCACAGACUUAUACGGUCAAGGCAAAAAAGGAAGUCAUACUUGCGGCCGGCGCUUUCCAGUCUCCGCAACUCCUUGAGCUCAGUGGGAUCGGUAACGCUACUAUUCUCAAGAAUUACGGAAUCAAACCACUGGUUGAUCUACCUGGAGUAGGCGAGAAUUACCAAGACCACAUAUUUGCUACAACGACCUACGAGCUGAAACCCGGUAGCUCAUUCCAGGAUAUGGAUACUUUGAGAAACAACGCUACGUUUGCAGCUGCGGCUGCAGCCCAGUACAAUACAACUCAGGACGGGAUACUGUCAUAUUCGGGCUCAAUUAUCUCCUUUUUUAACCUCGAGCCUUUGGCCACCUCUGCAGAGAUAGCAAACUUGACUGCACAGCUAGACCGAGAAAUCGCAUCGGAGAAGCUGACCCCCCUCGAGAAGGCAUCGUACAAGAUCCAGAAAGAGUGGUUGAAGGAGAAAGUCGGUUUGGUUGAAGUUAUCAUGAACCCAGGCUACGCUGGCUCCAGUGCGCCGAAAGCCAACACUUCCUACAUGUCCCUCGUUUCGGCUAUCCAACAUCCCUUCUCGCGCGGAAAUAUUCACAUCAACAGCUCUAAUCCAUUGGUUGCUCCUCGAAUUGAUCCAAACUAUUUUUCGAAAUCGAUUGAUUUGCAGACGCUGGUACAGACGGUCAGAUUUGGUCACAAACUCUCGAAAACAGAGCCUUUGGCAUCAUUGGUAGUUGCUCGCCAAGACCCGGCGCCUGAAGUCACCUCGAAUAGCGCCAUUAUUGAAUAUGUCAAGGCGAACGCCGCAAGCAUUCAUCACCCCAUUGGUACCGCUGCUCUCGCUCCUAGAGAAAUUGGCGGAGUGGUGGAUGUCGAUCUUAAAGUAUAUGGGACUGCGAACGUCCGAGUAGUGGAUGCCAGCGUGAUCCCUCUCCAUAUUGGCACUCAUAUUCAGAGAACUGUGUACGGGAUUGCGGAAAAGGCGGCCAAUAUUAUCAAGGGACAGUCUUAA